AUGCGGGAGGGGAUGAGGGAGAGGGACAGAGGCGGGAGCCCGGAUGCGUCGGGCCCUCCUCCCUUCCGCGGGCCGGCGUACAAGACGAAGCUGUGCGCGCUGUGGAGGGGCAGGGGCGGCUGCCCCCGCCCCAACUGCGGUUUCGCCCACGGCGAGGCUGAGCUCCGGAGGCCGCCCCCCCGCGCCUCCUUCCAGCCUCGCCCUCGACCUGGGAGAAGGGAUUACAGAGAUCAUGAGUUUAGACUUAAGCCUGAGAGAAGACACUCACCGAGGUAUUCCCCCGAAAGAGAUACCAGGCGUCGUUCGUUUCGUGAUAAGAGACCAAGUUCUGAAGAUAGGGGAUCUAGUCAUUCAAGAUCACCUAUUAGGAAGAGUGAGAGAAAACAUAGCAAAAGUCCUGAUGGUGGAAAAACCGAUUCAUCCAUAAGUUUUAGAAGUUCUGAUAAUGAAGACACAGGAAAAGAUGAAAGGUACUUAAGCAGUGAUGAGAAAAAUGGUCGUGAAGAACAACUGAAACAAAUGCAUCUGGACAUGGAAGCAUUACGUGAAGAUAAAUCAAAGCUGGAGGCGAUAUUGGAGAAGAAGACUGAUGAAGAGCGCAAACUUUGUAGCAGAGUAGAAGAUCUUGAAUUGCAACUGAACAAAGAGAGAGAAGAUUGCCAAAGGAUGACCUCCAAAACCAAAAAGCUAAUCAAAUCACAUGGGCGUUAUAUAAAAGCACAGGAGGAUUUAAAGAGGUCUCAGGCUCGCUUUGAGAGGCUAGCAGAUUUGCUUGCUUCAGAUAUUUUGAAGCCUUGUACCAAGGAGCAGGGUUCCAUCGGGAUUACUGCCAAUGAAGAUCCAUAUGAUGCUAAUGGAAUGAGCCCAAGAAAGAGACACAGAGAGAAUGACGAUGAUAUGAUCCCAGCAUCAGAGAAGUAUAGACCUGAAGAUGCACUAGAACAUGUCCAAGAUAGCAAGGGAACUGAUCUACCAGAAUCAUUUACAGUGAAGAAGUUAAGGGAGGGUGACUACGAUGAUGUAGGAAACAUUGUCUCUUCAAGCAAUAUUUUUGCAGAUAGGUACAAGGGUGAUGAUGAUGAGGAAGUUGAUGUUGAUUAG